AUGGCUAAUGAUAAUUCACCAACACUUGAAACCAGUGAUAAUAUUGUUUUAGAUGUAGUAAACAAAGAGUCCCCCCAAACAUCAGAAAAUUCCUCUGUCCCUUUUUUGCAAAAGUUAAUAGCAGAGGUUGUAGGAACGUAUUUCUUGAUAUUUGCAGGAUGUGCUUCAAUUAUAGUGAACAAGAACCACGACAACGCUGUCACGCUUCCUGGAAUCGCAAUUGUUUGGGGGCUCGCUUUGGUUGUGUUGAUUUACUCUCUCGGCCACAUCUCUGGUGCUCAUUUCAAUCCGGCCGUCACCAUUGCUUUUGCUUCCACAAGAAGUUUUCCAUUGUUGCAGGCACCAGCUUAUAUAUCAGCUCAGGUUUUGGGAGCAACCCUAGCAAGUGGAACCCUAAAACUAAUAUUCAGUGGCACACAUGAUCAGUUUCCAGGAACAAUUCCAUCUGGAUCUUACCUUCAAACUUUUGUGUUUGAAUUCAUAAUCACAUUUUAUCUUAUGUUUAUCGUUUGCGGAGUUGCCACUGAUAGCCGAGCGAUCGGUGAGUUGGCUGGAAUUGCGAUUGGAUCUACAUUAUUGCUUAAUGUCAUUAUUUCAGGACCUAUAACUGGAGCAUCAAUGAACCCAGUUAGAAGUUUAGGACCUGCAUUUAUGCACAAUGAAUAUAGAGGAAUAUGGAUAUAUUUGGUGUCGCCGGUUUUGGGAGCUGUGGCCGGAGCAUGGGUGUACAACCUUGUUAGGUAUACUAACAAGCCAUUGCGUGAAAUAGUUAAGAGUGCAUCCUUCCUCAAAGAAGCAAAGCGUGGGGAAACCAAAUAG